AUGUCAGACAUGUUUGCGGUUCUGCAUAUUGAUACCUGUGGAGAUUUUCUGGAAGUGUUUGAAGUGACAUCGUCCCACGUCAAGUUAAUCCAGCCAGUCUUCUCCCCGCGACUGGUCAUGAUCCGAAAGAUACUCGGCUUGCCUGUGAAAGUUUUCUACGACGUGUGGAUAUACAUGACAAUCCAAUCUGCCCUCACAUUACACAUUUACCUGGUGCCACCCGAUAAAGCUUUGAAAAAGGAAGUGGAAAAACAGCAUUACUCCCGUGGAUACUUAAAAAUGUUAAAACCAGGCCCAGACAAGCCCAUGCUUUUGGGAAGUAAUUUCUCCCUCACAACAGACAAGGCGGACGCGAAGAUUCAACCAAGCACACGAGAGCUCAGAUAUGACAGCACAAAUCAAUUUGAGGUGUUCAUUAGAAACGCAGAUGACGACUUUACCCUCAAGCUCAAAAGUGAGAAAAACACUACCUGGACCUGUUCCAUUUACAAAGAGGACUACCAAAGUCAAAGCCCUGAUCAUGAACAAGGUCAGCAUUUCGUGGAUCGCCAUCGGACAGCUCUGAUUAACCGAGUGACCGACACAGACGCCGUCUUGGACAAGCUCCUGCAUAAAGAGUUGAUCUCAAAUGAGAGGUACGACGCCAUUAGAGCUUUAACAACUACACAAGACCAAAUGAGGGACAUUCUCAGGUGUGUGACUGCAGCCGGCACCCAGGGAAAAGACGCGCUCUAUGAAAUCCUGAAAAGGAUGAGGAGUAUGAGGCCUCUCGUUAGGGAGCUCGAGGGAUCUCAGUGAAGAAGGAAAAUGA